AUGCCUCACGACAUCUUGUUCAACCAGUUGCAGAAGAGAAAAACCGAGCCAGCGCAAGUUAAAACGGCUAUCGAUAAUUUUGAAAAAUGUAUUGUCGAUGUGAGAAAUAAAAUUGAUGACAUAAUAAAUGAAGCCAAAAGUAUUUGCACUGAACCCCAAGACAACACUGGAGAAUACUGUGACAAGUUGGAAACUACCUGCUUGGCUUAUCCCGAAUUAGAAAAAAGUCGUUUAAAGACAGAGUUGUGCCAUACUAAUCAAAAUAAGCAAAAGGUGUAUAUGCAAAAGAUCCCGCAGAAACCUUAUGAGGAAUGA